AUGGCUGACCUGACCGAUGGAGGAGGCUCCUCUUCUUCUUCCACUCACCGAUGGAGCUAUGACGUUUUUUUGAGCUUUAGAGGUGAAGAUACCCGCAACGGUUUUACAGGUCAUUUAUAUAAGACUUUGUGUGAUAAUGACAUUUACACCUUCAUCGACAAUAAUCUUUGGAAGGGAGAAGAAAUUUUAGACGAACUUCACAAAACCAUUGAAAGGUCAAUGAUUUCAGUCAUUGUGUUCUCUGAAAACUAUGCGAAGUCCCAUUGGUGCUUGGAUGAACUUGUCAAGAUUAUGCAGUGUAGGACGAAUGGCCAAUUGGUUCUACCGCUUUUUUAUAGAGUUUAUCCAUCAGAAGUACGUAAUCAAAGGGGAAAUUUUGGGGCGGCGUUGACUAAAUUUGAAGAAAAAUUCAAAAAUAAGGUGCAAAGUUGGAGGACAGCUCUAAGAGAAGUUGCUAGUUUAAGUGGAUGGCAUUACGACAAUCGUAUCCCUGAAUUUAAAUUCAUCCAACAACUUAUUGAAACGAUAUCAGAUAUCAAAUUAAAUGGCACACGGUCAUAUGUUGCUAGAUGCCCUGUUGGAGUAAAUUCUGAGCUCUCACCAAACCAAGGCUUCUACUGCGAUAGACUCACUCCUCGAAUCUGUGAAGCUACUGUGAAAAAGAUCUUAAUGGCUAACCUGACCGAUGGAGGAGGCUCCUCUUCUUCUUCCACUCACCGAUGGAGUUAUGACAUCUUUUUGAGCUUUAGAGGUAAAGAUACCCGCUACGGUUUUACAGGCCAUUUAUAUAAGGCUUUGUGUGAUAAUGGCAUGUACACCUUCAACGACGAUGAUAUUCAGAGGGGAGAAGAAAUUUCAAAGAAGCUUCUCAAAACCAUUGAAAGGUCAAUGAUUUCGAUCGUUGUGUUCUCUGAAAACUAUGCGGAGUCCUCAUGGUGUUUGGAUGAACUUGUCAAGAUUUUACAGUGUAGGACAAAUGGCCAAUUGGUUCUACCUCUUUUUUAUAAUGUCGAUCCAUCAGAAAUACGUAAUCAAAGGGGAAAUUUUGGGGUGGCGUUGACUAAAUUUGAAGAAAAAUUCAAGAAUAAGGUGCAAAGUUGGAGGACAGCUCUAAAAGAAGCUGCUAAUUUGGCUGGAUGGCAUUACGACAAUCGUGUUUCUGAAUCUAGAUUCAUCCAAAGAGUUAUUAAAACAAUAUCAGAUAUGAAAUUAAAUGGCUCACGGUUAUAUAUUGCUAAAUUCCCUAUUGGAGUAAAUUCUCAUGCCAAGGAGAUAGAGUCACUUUUAGAGUCAAAUGAUGUUCGAAUUGUAGUGAUUCAUGGUCUUGGGGGAAUAGGAAAGACUACAAUUGCAAAAGCUGUUUAUAACAGAAUUGUUGACAGUUUUGAAGGAAGUUGCUUUCUAGAGAAUGUUAUAGAAAAUUCAAGGACAAUUGAUGGCACAAUCCAGCUACAAGAGAAAAUUCUUUCUAAGAUCUUACAGGCCAGUCAUGUGAAGGUGGAUAAUGUAUCUAGGGGAAUUAAUGUGAUAAAGGAAAGGCUUUGCAAUAAGAGAGUUCUUUUAAUUCUUGAUGACGUGGAUAAUUCAAAACAAAUAGAAGAUUUGCUUGGAGAAUGUGAUUGGUUUCUUUCAAGAAGUAGAGUCAUUAUAACAACAAGAGAUGAACACAUGCUAGCUACUCUUCAACAAGGUUGCAAAACUUACAAGGUCAAGGAAUUAGGCGCACAUGAAGCUCUUGAACUCUUUAGUCAACAUGCCUUCCAUAAAAGCAAACCCCCACAAGAUUAUUUAGAACUUGCAUACCAAGUUAUGGACUAUACCAAAGGCCUUCCACUAGCUCUAACAAUCAUAGGUUCUGAUUUGUGUGGAAGAACAAAAGAUGAAUGGAAAACUGCAAUAAAUAAAUAUGAAAAAAUUCCCAAAGCAAAUAUUCUUGAAAUACUUAAAGUAAGUUAUGAUGGAUUGGAAGAAACCGAAAAGGAAAUAAAUAUGUCAGGUAGUUACUUUAAAUUGGAGAAGCUAUUCAAGCAGGGGGUCGAAUUCAAAAAUUUGAAACUUGUCAAUCUAAGUUUUUGUGAAUCCAUUACAGAUUUAUCUAAUUUGUGCACCCCAAACUUGGAAACAUUGAACCUUUCUUCUUGUAGAAAUUUAAUCAAGGUUUUUGAUUCCAUUGGAUCUCUUCCUAAGCUGAACACAUGGAACCUUGAAUACUACGGAGAACUUCGAAAACUUCCAAGUAGUCUCAGAUUGAAAUCUCUAAAAUUUUUUACUUUAUUUAGCUGCUCAAGGCGCGCAGGAUUUCGAAAACUUCCAAGUAGUCUCAGAUUGAAAUCUCUCAAAUUUUUUACUCUAUUUAGCUACUCAAGGCUUGAGAAGUUCCCCAAUAUUCACCCAGAAACGAAAUGUUUAGAGGAUUUAAAUUUGAGUUAUAGUGGCAUUAGAGAGUUACCUUCAUCAUUGGGGUAUCUCACUAGGCUUAGAACGCUAGAGCUAGAUAAUUGUGUACAGGAUUUGUUAGAUGGAAUCAAUAAAAUGCAACUGACUCCUAUUGCAUGGACUUCCUUUGAUAACCUUUCGGAAUAUGGGCUUUUGAGUUUGGAAAGUCUACAUCUCAGCUACUGUGGUGCAAAUCUAAUUGAAUUAGAUUUCUGGAUGAAGCCCGAAUACUUCCCCGAACUGAAAAUUCUAUAUCUAAGUGGCUCCAAUAUUGUUACCAUCCUGGAAAGCAUUGCUAGCUUUACUAGUUUAGCAGAUCUUUACAUAGGCAAUUGCAUGAAGCUUCGGAAAAUUCCAAGCCUUCCCCAAUUUAUACGAAGAGUGAGUGCAAGAAACUGCUUUUCAUUGGAUCCACAAUCAUUUAGAAGAUUAUGGACACAGUUUGGAGAAAUUUUAGGGAUUUUACCAAAUAGAGUUUGUGAAGGUGAAAGAAGUGGCAUAUUAAUGGAUUCCUCCCUCUUUAAUGGGGGCAAUUAUUAUGAAAUUAAAGUACCAAGAACUGGAAUUCCAAAGUGGUUCAAAUUCGACCAUCAGAGUGAUGGAAAUUCUGUAUCAUUUAGGAUUGGUCGCGAAUUUCCAAAAGUUGUUGUCUGUAUUGCUUUUCAAUCGGUGGAGGCACAUAUAGGUGGAUCUUUUUCUGUUUACGUUUCCGUCAAUGGUUGUAAAGAAAAACUCUCAUUUCAAGAUAUUGAAGAAAUGCCUGGGCAUCUGUGGUUAUUUUCUGUAUCUACUUUGAAAUUGCUUGAUUCGAGUCCAUAUGAAGAGAAUGACAUUGAGGUUAUAUGUGAAAUUGAUGAGUCAAAUGAAAGCUCUCUUCCUUUUCAGAACACUGAAUUCAUAAAGUGGAUGGGGGUCCAUGUAGAAUGCAUAUGUUGUGGGGUUCACAACAAAAGAGGAGAUUCCAAAGGUGUAGAACUCCGACUCCAAAGAUGAAGAAGAAACUGCCAACACAUGGCAUACAUCACCAAAAACCCUACCUCUCUUGCUUUGGAUGGCUUUGAAUCCGAUUUCGACUCGAUGGCUUGGAAUCCGAUUUCGACUCUGGAAACGGAGCUCCAAACUUUGGAGAUGGAGCUCUCAUCCAACCCUUUUGACGGCUCCGACUCAUGAUGUAGGGCUUCCAAUGGAUGCCAUAAAUAGCAUACCACAAAUGGCCCAUACCUUUGUCAAUGAUGAUUUUGACAUCAAUUCUUUUGACAGCUUCGGCUCAUGAUGUAAGGGGUCAGAAAAAAUUCAAGGUAUAAUGUUGCAUUCACGUUAUCCAAGAAGAGUUCAACUACAUGCUGAAGUUUUUGAAAGGAUGGACAAUCUCAAAUUUCUUAUGGUUUGCAAUGUACAAGUUUCUAAAGAACUUAAAUAUCUCCCCAAUGGGUUAAGGUUGUUUGAAUGGCUUGAAUAUCGUUUGUCCUUCCUAUCCAAAUAUUCUCCUAAACAGCUUGUUGCAC